UCUUAUACUAUAUUAGACAUACAUGUCUGUUUCUAUUCCUGUGAUUCAAUGAGACUCAUAUCUAUUUUUUUGUUAUUCAGGUGUGGUUUCAGAACAGAAGAGCUAAAUGGAGAAGGCAGGAGAAGUUGGAGGUGACCUCGAUGAAAUUACAAGAUUCACCCAUCCUUUCCUUUAAUAGAUCUCCUCAGUCCUCUGGCCUAAGUGCAAUCAGCAGCAGUCUACCACUGGACUCUUGGCUUACAUCACCAAUGUCCAACACAACCCCAUUACAAAGCCUCCCAGGGUUUGUUACAACCCCACAAAGCCUACCAGGCAGUUACACACCUCCCCCCUUCAUGAACACUGCACCAGUGGGACAUGCCUUACAACCAUUAGGAGCCAUGGGACCACCUCCACCUUACCAAUGCGGAAGCAACUUUCUGGACAAAUAUCAGAUGGAAGAAAUAGACCCUAGAAAUACCAGCAUAGCUGCCCUCAGAAUGAAAGCUAAAGAACACAUCCAGUCUAUUGGCAAGCCUUGGCAAACCAUAUGAAGGUGGUGAUGGGUAGCUAGCUAGCUCAUUUUGAGAUCUUCUACCCUGUGUCAAUGUACAUAGAACAUCAUUUUGGGGAGAUAUUCCCAUCCAACAAGGUGCCAAGCAAGGACAACCAAACUAUAUACCCAGAAGACUGGAACUUUGAAAACUAGAGUGAAGAUCGAUUAUUUCUCAUGUGUUCAAAAAACUUACAGUAUACAUUCUUGCUUCUAAAGAAUACAAUUUUCAUGUUUACACACAUAACCCGUUACUGACUCCACUGCUUAUUAAAUUAAAUCAAUGUAAAUCAUCUAAUUAGCAAAUGGGAAUUUGGUAAGAACUUGAAGUCAGUGAUUCUUCGUAUAUUUAUGUCCGUUUAGAUUUGCAACAUUACUGUGUAGAAGCAGACAUCUUUCUAUAAAGAAAGUAUUGAUGUGAUUAUUUUCUGUUUCGUCUCCAUGAAAGUUGAUUGUUACUAUUUUACAUUUUUACUUUAUCUCCCUCUCAACUCAAUUUGGGGUUGAUGUUAAAUCCCAUUCUUUUCAACAUUUUGUAGAAAUCAAAUCUGGAUUAACAUAGGGGCUAACGGAGCUGCAGCUCCUGACCCAUGCUCACUGAGUACUGACAUUGAGACUGACUAAAAAAAAAAUACAUAUAUUUUUAGUUUAAUUACUCUAAACAUUCUCUUACCCUACUGUGCUGUUCAGAGGAAUUGAAGUGUGUGGACUUAGAAGGCAUACAAAAUCUAUUCUGUACUGGCUGACCAUAAAAUAGUCAACUUAAAGUCGAAAGUGCUCUGUGCAACUCUACUUUCACAUGCAGUAUGCAUUUGCUUAAAAACACAACCUGCAACUGUCACUUUUGCUUUUUAAUUUUCAAAAAUAAUAAUCUUUGCUAUUUUAACAGAAUGUUUUAUAUUAAUCACAGCAAGUAUAAAUAAAUUUAACAGAAGACUAUUUUUGUAUGAUCUGUACCCAUAAUAGCAUUAACUUAAUAAGAAAAUAAAUAUGGUCUAUAUUGGCAACCAAUUAGCGGUCAACUUUUGUGCAUCAGCUAGGCUUGCAAGUUCACCAAGAUUAUAUGUCUUUUACGGCAACAAUGCCCCCUUAUCAGACACUGGCCACCCAGUGCUUCACCAACACACCCUUGUCAUAGUCAUACGCUUUCACAUAUCAAGUUCUUGAGGAAAAUUGGUAGAAAUUAGAUUUACUCUGGUGGGCCUGACAAGUAGAACAUUAUAGAAAUAUUUUUUUUUUUUUUUUUAAAACAGGAGUCUCACCAUAUUCAUGACCCUUGGGUGGUAUGUCUGUUUUAGCAUUUUCUGCCUGUAAGAUUUUCUAAUUAGACCCAUCAUUAGUACCAUGGACUGGAAUUUCUAUAUCUGUCAGUAUCCCAAUAUAAUUUACAUGCACCCAUCCCAUGAAUCAACAUCAGCAGUGCCCUGCUCAUCUUAUAUAUGUGUAUUUUUUUACCUCUGUAAUAAACAAAGCAGAUCACUAGACAUGUUCACAAAUAAACAAUGUGUAUUUAUUUAGCAACCUGUUAUCAGUCUCUACAUCAGGGUGACAGAACUGAUAUGAUAAAACAAUAUUCUACCAAAAGUUGAUUUUAAUAAAACUUUAUUGAAACAUGACAGAA